AUGGGUUGGAGUGUCCCGGUUCUGCUCUCAAUCCUCUGUGCUCAGCUCACCGCGGGAGUCCCGGACGGACCGGACGUCCAAGUGAUUGAUGUGUUGAGCCUUCAGGAUUCGAGGCAGAGCGUAGCGGCGGUGGAGAAGCUGUCUGGUGGUCUGAGCGCACUCAGUGAUGUCUACGUGGUGUCGACGCUGCGGUUGCCAUCGAAGCUGGGCGGAGUCCUGCUGGGUCUCUACAGCAAACAGGACAACAGGAAGUACCUGGAGGUCGCCGUCAUGGGGAAGAUCAAUAAAGUCCUGGUCCGGUACGUCCGAGCGGACGGGAAGAUCCACACCGUCAACUUGCAGAACGCCAACCUGGCGGACGGGCGGACUCACUCCAUCAUCCUGAGACUGGGAGGUCUUCACCGUGACAACAUGAACAUGGAGCUCUACGUCAACUGCCGAUUGGCCGACUCCGGCCAGGGCCUGCCCCCCCUGGUCCCGCUGCCCCGAGAGGCGGAGAUGGUGGAGAUCAGACACGGACAGAAGGCCUACGCCCGCCUGCAGGGUGCAGUGGAGUCCCUCAGACUGGCUCUAGGGGGCAGCGUUGCUAAAGCUGGAGCUCUGACUGACUGUCCCUUCCAAGGAGACUCCUCUGCCUACAACUCAGUGAGCGGGGAGGUGAACUCCAUCCUGGGUGACCACACCAAGGCUCUGAUUGGUCAGCUCAUCAUCUUCAACCAGAUCCUGGGAGAGCUGCGCCAGGACAUCAGAGAACAGGUGAAGGAGAUGUCUCUGAUCAGGAACACCAUCCUGGAGUGUCAGGUUUGUGGUUUCCAUGAGCCUCGUUCCCGCUGCUCCCCCAACCCCUGCUACAGAGGAGUGUCCUGUAUGGAGAGUCUGCAGUAUCCUGGAUACACCUGUGGACCCUGUCCACCUGGGACCAACGGCAACGGGACGCACUGUCAGGACGUCGAUGAGUGUGAGCUGCAGCCCUGUUUCUCUCCUGGAGCCUGUGUGAACACUGUGGGGGGGUUCAGCUGUCAGCCCUGUCCUCCUGGUCUGUGGGGGGCGCCACUGGCUGGAACUGGACUGGACUACGCCAACACACACAAACAGGAGUGUGUAGACAUCGAUGAGUGUGUGGAUCUCCCUGACGCCUGUGUAUCAAACUCUGUCUGCAUCAACACUGUGGGCUCGUAUAAGUGUGGCGGCUGUAGACCUGGUUUCCUUGGUAACCAGACGUCAGGUUGCUUCCCCAGGAAGUCGUGCGCUGCGUUGACCUUUAACCCCUGUGACACCAACGCCCACUGCACCAUGGAGAGGAACGGGGAGGUCUCCUGCAGGUGUAAUGUGGGCUGGGCAGGUAAUGGUAACACCUGUGGAGUGGACACAGACAUCGAUGGGUAUCCAGACCGCUCUCUGCCCUGCAUGGACAACCACAAACACUGCAAACAGGACAACUGUGUGUUCACUCCAAACUCUGGUCAGGAGGAUGCCGACAAUGACGGGAUCGGAGACCAGUGUGACGAGGACGCAGAUGGAGACGGCAUCAAAAAUGUGGAGGAUAACUGCCGGCUGGUCCCUAACAAAGACCAGCAGAACUCAGACAGCGACUCGUUCGGAGACGCCUGUGACAACUGUCCCAACGUCCCCAACAGUGACCAGAGAGACACGGACAACAACGGACAGGGAGACGCCUGCGACCAGGACAUAGACGGAGACGGUAUUCCCAACGUUCUUGAUAACUGUCCGAAGGUGCCGAACCCGAUGCAGACGGACAGAGACAGAGACGGAGUGGGAGACGCCUGUGACAGCUGUCCUGAGCUCAGUAACCCCAUGCAGACGGACGUGGACAACGACCUGGUGGGAGAUGUUUGUGACACCAAUCAGGACACGGACGGAGACGGUCUCCAGGACAGCAGAGACAACUGUCCCGACAUCCCCAACAGCUCCCAGCUGGACUCUGACAACGACGGCCUCGGAGACGACUGUGACCACGACGAUGACAACGAUGGCGUCCUCGACGACUACGACAACUGUCGACUCAUCGUCAACCCCAACCAGAAAGACUCUGACAUGAACGGUGUGGGGGACGUCUGUGAGAACGACUUUGACAACGAUGCGGUUCUGGAUUUGAUUGAUGUGUGUCCAGAGAGUGCUGAGGUCACGCUGACGGACUUCAGAGCCUAUCAGACCGUGAUCCUGGACCCGGAGGGUGACGCCCAGAUUGACCCCAACUGGGUGGUGUUGAAUCAGGGAAUGGAGAUCGUCCAGACCAUGAACAGUGACCCUGGUCUCGCUGUGGGCUACACCGCGUUUAACGGCGUCGACUUCGAGGGAACGUUUCACGUGAACACGGUGACGGACGACGACUACGCCGGCUUCAUCUUCGGGUAUCAGGACUCGUCCAGUUUCUACGUGGUGAUGUGGAAACAGACGGAGCAGACGUACUGGCAGUCCCUCCCCUUCAGAGCCACGGCCCAGCCCGCCCUGCAGCUCAAGGCCGUGAAGUCCCGGACCGGACCAGGUGAGUUCCUGAGGAACGCUCUGUGGCACACGGGAGACACACCUGGAGAGGUGACGCUGCUCUGGAAGGAUCCACGAAACGUCGGCUGGAAGGACAAGACCUCGUACCGCUUUCAGCUGAGCCACCGGCCGCAGGUCGGGUACAUCAGGGUGAGGCUGUACGAGGGGACAGACAUGGUGGCUGACUCUGGUGUUGUGAUCGACACCACCAUGAGAGGAGGCAGACUCGGAGUCUUCUGCUUCUCCCAGGAAAACAUCAUCUGGUCCAACCUGCGCUACAGGUGUAACGACACGGUGCCUGAAGACUUCCAGUCUCAUCGUAAACAAGUUCUGAUGCACAUCCAGGUCUGAGAGCUGCAGACGGACUGUCCACAACACAUGCA